CUUAAUUGACUUGACGGCAUUUACACCUUCCAAUCGGAAUAAUGGGUGCUGGCAGUUCCAAGCCUGAGGCGGGGGUAACUCCCAACAUGUCUUCUCCAGUCCAAUUCUCCUCCAACCUAGUUGAGGCCCUCCAGUCCACCUCCGAGACGGACUCCUCCCGCGCCAAGGCCCUCGAGCUCGAGAUCCAAAACCGCGUCGCCCAAGAACUCCAGCGUCUCCGCGAACGCGAGCAGCAAACCCUCGCCGAGAUCGAGAAGCGCCUCGCCGAAGUCAAGGACACCGGCUCCAUCCCCGUGAGCGCUGCCACCGCGCCCCUCGCCGCCUCCCCCUCUGGCUACCCCGUCGGAUCUCUGAACCUGGACGCCCCGCGGAUCCCCUUCGCCGGCCGCGAGUACGAGCCCGCGCCUGUCUUCGCCGCGCCUCAAGAACCCGUCGCACAGCAGCCGCCCGUUGUCAACCGCGAGAUCUCGCGGGACUCGGUUAUGAGUGAGAUUGACGUGCUGCGUAGCCGUCUGGAUGGGCGGAGGAAGUUGGUUGAGUUGGAUGAGGGUGUUGAAAAGGCCAAGGCUGAUGUUGUUGGAUGUCUGCGACUGAACGACCGCCGGCCAUUGGAUUGCUGGAAGGAGGUUGACGCCUUCAAGAAGGAGGUUGCGAAGAUGGAGGCUGCUUUUGUCGAUCGCAUUGUGGGUUAGAUUAGCGGUAGAUGAUACCGCGUCUACUGUCUUGGCCGUGGAUGCUGUACUGUAUGUAUAGAUUGUGCUCUUUUUAUUCAUUUUUAGUUGCCAUGACAUUGCAUGGGAUGGAAUUGAUCCUACACGAAGAAUCUACUGUGCAUGAUAUGUGUGAUUUGUAG